AUGAUUCCCCUCGGUCGGUCGAUUCCCAACUUGCCUGGCAACACUCCUACUACGAGCACCCAGGCCAACACGGGUUUGGGAGGGGCGGCGCCCGGCGGCGGCGCUGGGCCGGCAGAUUUCAAUUCUGCGAGGCGUCGAUCGUCUAUUGAUGCAAUCAUGGGCCAUCUCCGCUACGUCGGCUCCUUCCCAAGCCGCGUCAUGCAAGACUUGUCUCAACCGAACGCCAUCAAUCGCCCGGGAACACCAGGAGGAAAUCUGCCUGGCGGGUUUUUGGGGAUGCAGUCGCAGACUUCAUUCGGAUCUUCCACUGGGUCGUUGCGCGCUUUUGGGAGGUCUUUCACUGAUGUGAAUGCUGCUGCUGCUCAACCGCAGGCCGCGCCGGUGAAGACUACGCAGGGUGGAAGCAAGGUUCCUGCGGCUGAGGCCUUCCUCUCCAUUUGA